AUGGAAAGCAUCCAGAACCGCUCAAUGCAGAGGAAAACUCAAAGCUACGCACAUUGGAUAGAGCACCAUCACAAGCAAGGUUGCGCCCGAAAACGAGGUGAAGAACCUCUGAGUCUGGUGAGUUCGGUUGGUGCUGGCGCGCCCGCCAUUGACAGUGAUCUGGUAGAUGAGGGUCAUGUAGGCAGUGCAGGUGAUGGUGUACCAGACCCAGCGGCGUUCGUGGCGCGCAAACGUGGCGAUGAGGCCGGAGACGAACAUGAUCAGGUCCGCAGAGAUGGCCACGAGGAGGUUGGCACCGUUCAUGCCAGCCACCAGGGCCAGAUUGAUGAUGAUGAGCGGGUUCGUCAGCGUCCAGUUGACGUAGCGAGCCCAGAACACCUGCCGGAGGUACUCCUGCUUCGUGUCGGGGACAUGGCGGUGGGAUUCAUGCGUGCAGGCGUACUUCCAGGCGAUGCCAUCCCCUGUGGCCAUGGCCAGGAAAUGAUAUUUUAUUAUGAUAACGAUGAUACUAUUAUUAUAUUUUUGCUUGCGGCAGAAGGGUCCUCUUCCACCUCCUCAUCCUCUUAUCCUCGAUGA